AUGCUUCAAGUUUCAACAUUGAACAGAACCGAGAGUCCGUUGGGCUCUGGAGUAUAUAAUGAGGGCAAUUUACUUGGUAAAUAUCGAAACCAGAUCCUCAGCACCGAGACGUCUAGCAAAGCCCAAAGGCGUGCAUUCAAGAGACUUCAACAAUUCCUCAACAGCCUCUUCGGCAAGGCUGCGCCUGCAAACGAGAUCGACGGUCCGUACGAAAGCUGUCUUUCGCCGCUGGUAAAAGCAGAACGAGGCGGGUUCGUACCGAUCUGCGAUGUCAUCAGAUGCUUCUACGAAACCUGUGGUCACAUAGAGACCAAAACAUCCUGCCACAACUACAUGGGCAAUAUCAUGAAGCAACCCGACCGCGGUAUCAACCCCCGCUGGAUCCCCUGCAACAGGGAUGUCUGCGAUCAAAGCGUCAUAGUCACUAGAUGCAUGCCAGGCUCCUGCGUGCAGUGCGAGACGCAAGAUGACCCUACUGACCCCCUCCGCAUUAGUUUUGACGCAGACCCUACCAUCACCCGCUCAGAUUUCAAUAGGAACACAAUCCCCUCUAAAGAGAUUGAGAGGCGGACACUCGACUACCGCAAACGCGCGGCCGACACCCAAACUCGUCACCGCGAGUUAUCGCUACGUUACGAUCCUAAUAACCUUCUUUACAGUGAAUUCUCUACAAAACGCUUCGAUCGUACCGCCCGCGACUUCAUCGAGCACUACAGGCAGCUACGGAGACAUCCCGGCGUCGUGGACCCGGAGCAGUUCUACACUGAGGUCCGCAAACAGCGCGCAGAGGAGGACAAGAAGGGUAUUAAGGUCGAGCACCGGCAGUACUUCUCCGGCGGCAAGUUCGACGAGACGGACCUGCUGUGCCGCUUGGAUCCGACAGAUACUCGUCUCGCUGAGGAGCAGUGCUUAAUUUGCCAGGAUGGCUUCGUGCCUGAGGCUCGGGAUCCGAGGAUGAUGCCAUGCGAACAUAUUUUUCAUUGGGCCUGCAUCUCGCAGUGGUAUUAUAGGACGAGUCGAACUUGUCCGUACUGCCGGAGGGGGUAUCACGUUAUGACUCUGCCGCGGUUCUUGCCGCCACCGUGA